AUGUGGCUUACCAUCUCUGAAAGAUUUCUGGCCCUUCUUUUUUCCAAGGCACAAACACCCAUUGUUUACCAAGUUAACCCACCAUCUGGAGUGCCAGGAAACUUAAUACAAGUCCAUGGCUGGAUUAUUACUGGAAGGACUGAAACCUUUGAUAAUGAUGUUGAGUACAUUGAUAGUGGUCGUUAUCUUACAGGUAAUCGAGGACUUCUCUUUGAAGUUGGAGAUAUUCAGGAAGGCCUAGAACUCACCAAUACUACCCCUGGUUACAGAUGGCAGAUUGUCCCCAACGCCAGCUCUCCAUUUGGAUUCUGGUUAGAAGAAGGGCAACACUUCAGGGCUCGGCUCAGUGGAUUUUUUGUUGCCCCAGAGACAAAUAAUUACACUUUUUGGAUCUGGGCAGAUAGCCCAGCUUCUUUGUACUUCAGUCAGUCAGAAGAUCCAGAGACCAAGAUGAAAGUAGCUUUCAUUCAGACUGGCACAACUGACUGGUUUGAUUCCUGGGAGAGGAAUGGCCAUUUGGAGGCCUGGCAACAGAAGUCCCUGAAGUUGGAAUUGUUGGGUGGGGCAAAGUAUUACUUGGAAGCCAACCACUAUGGCAUAACUCCCAGUCAUGGGAUGAGCAUCGGGGUCCAAAUCCACAACACCUGGCUGAAUCCUGAUGUGGUCAACAGCUACCACCGUGAGAAGCUCCAGAUCCGAGCCAUUGCUCAGAGGAUCCCAGAGAUACAGAUACUGAAUGUGACUGGCACAGGAACAUUUUGUCUCACCUGGGAUGGUGUCUCCAGCCAGCCAGUGCCUACGGAUGCCGCUGCUGCUCAGAUCCAAACAGCAAUAGAGGAACUGCUCACAGUAAAAUGCAAACUGGAACCACUUUCAGCUCAAAUUCUUCUCCGGUUUGGAUUUGAAGAAGGCCUACAGGAUUCUGGCCCUGAUGGGGGCCUAACCAGUGGCACAGAGCCCUUCUGUGGAAGGUUCAGCAUCCACCAUCCUCAAUACCUUGUCAGAACAUCUGAAGCCAUGCAGAUGAGAUAUCAGCUUGAUCAAUACACACAUCUGUGCUUUGCAUAUAAAGGCUAUAUGAAUGAUACCAUGACCAUCUCAGUGUCUUUCACAAGUAAAUAUCAUAAACCUGUAAAGAAGAAGAUUGUCUGUGAAUGGAAUCCAGAGCAGCUGAGGCCUGAAAGCUGGAAAUUUGUCUGUAAUGAGCUCUGGGAGUCAUGUGUGCGUCACUCUGGGGGCCUCUCCACCCGUCUGGCCAACUCCCCUGUGCUGGUACAUCAGAUUGAUAUGUCUCCCCAAGAACAUAAGAAGAGUCACUUCUACAUAGAUGAAAUUAUUGUUGCAGAUAGAAACUUAACAGUUUCUCAAGUCAAUUCCAGAAUAGCUCGCCCAGGAGGGAAGCUCAUCGAAUCCCUUUCUGUCAAUGGAGUCCCACCAACCUACAAUAUUACCCUGUGGAUGGCAGGCUGUGGGCGUGAGCUCCCUCUCAUUCAGCCUUGCUAUUUGCCACCAGAAGAAGCAGAUGAAAGCCCAAGGCCGGUCAGCGUUACAGUCCAGAGGCUGCAAAGGAUGAGCCCAGUUUUAGAAGGACAUUUUCAAAUCCAACUUCCCAACACAGUGAUAUCUGGUAUCCCUGUGCACAUUUCUGCUCAUGACCUCCUUGAGCUCUUACAGAACAGCAAUGAUGACUUUGCAUCUCAGUUCCUCAAUGUCAGUGAUUUUAAGGUGCAGAAAGAUCUAAGCUCCUGCUAUGAACACGUGUGGACCCUCACGUGGAUGUCCCAACUGGGAGACUUGCCCAAUAUCAUCCAUGUCUCUGCUGAAAACCUAACUGGUAUGUAUCCAGCUGUGAGUACUCGGAUAGUUUAUGAUGGUGGUGUUUUUCUUGGACCCAUAUUUGGAGAUAUGCUGGUUACUCCCAACAUAUACCCUCAGGUGACUGUGAGAGUCAAUGACAUACCUGCUCGCUGUUCAGGUUCCUGUUCUUUCCAGUACCUUCAAGAAUCAACCCCAUUAGUCCAAGCUGUCUGGUACUCUUAUGAUGAUGACAUUAACCUGCUGGUCUGCAUCAUGGGAUCUGGUUUUCCUGAUGACACUGGAGCUUUGAAGAUCGAAGUGAGUCAACAGAUUUGUGAAGUCACUUUCUCGAACCAAACUUAUGUUGCCUGCAAGAUGGACUUCUUACCAAUUGGAAAGUAUCAGGUGGUGAUGCUAGUGAGACACUUUGGCUUUGCUCUCAAUGUCAGUGGAGGAGAAGGCAUCCACUUCAACAUUGAACCCAAGCUGAAAAUAAUGGAGCCUUCUGUAGCUCCAGAAAUUGGAGGACUUUGGACCACUAUCCAAGGGACCAAUUUGGAAGACAUAAUCUUGGUAUUAUUUGGAUCUCAGCCUUGUCCUGUCAACAUCACCACCAGGAAGAUGGAAAGAAUCCAAUGCAAAGUCCCUCCCUGGGGGAAUGGUAGUGGAACCCUUGUGAAUGUGACCAUCAUCACCAGGAACCUGUCAGUAACUUAUCCUGAGGCAUUCAAGUAUUCUCCUUCUUUAAAUCCAGUUAUCCUGUCUCUGAGCAGAAGCAGAAGCAACACAGCAGGUGAUCAGACUCUUUUCAUUGGAACUACAUCUCUGGCAAACUAUACAGACCUGGAUGUGGAAGUCCAUAUUCAGGACACCUUGGCUCCCAUCCUAAAGCAAGUGCCUCAGGGUCUAAAGGUGGCACUUCCCUUCCUGCCAUCAGGGUGGCACAAUAUUUCUGUCACAAUGAAUGGUAUUAACAUCAUCUCCGAGGGAAUUGAUCUUCAAAUACAGUACAUUACUGAAGUCUUCAAGAUUGAGCCUUGCUGUGGGUCCCUCCUUGGUGGAACCACCCUCACCAUCUCUGGAAUUGGCUUCAGCAAGGAUCCAUCUCUAGUUUCAGUAUCAGUGGGCAACCAGACAUGUAGUAUUGUGAACUCAACUGAAGAGACCAUCUGGUGUGAGACAUCGGCAGCUCCUCAGUUGCCUGAUACGGAGCCUCAAGCUGUCAUGGUUCCCAUAGAAGUCUCAGUUGGCAAUAUCUGUGCUCACCAUCAUCCCUUUUUUGACUUGAGAAAGGACUUUACCUUUAUAUAUCAUUCAGCUUUAACUCCUUUUGUAACUGCCCUCCAAGGGCAAAUCAGAGGAGACAUCCUGGAGUUUCAAGUAGAAGGCAAUAAUAUAUCUGACUCAGUUGUUCUACUGGGCCACAUGAAGUGUGAUCUUGAGCUGCGGUUCUUCAGUUUCAAUAGAACUCAGUAUUUCUGUUCCUUACCUCUAGCAAAUAUGGAAGCUGGAAUUUAUCCCAUUCAAGUUUUCCAGAAGGAUAUAGGAUUUGCAAACAUGUCUGCUGUACCCCACAGUUUCACAGUAUCCCCUCAGGUCACUGACAUCGUUCCCACCCAUGGAUCAGUGUGUGGGGGGACAUGGCUUACUAUAAUAGGCUUGGCUUUCAAGUCCAGAAUGAGGUUAGUGCAGAUUGACCUCUUUGGCCAUCAUACUUGUGCCAUCUGGAAGUGGAAUGACCGGAUGAUCCUCUGCCAGGUUAGCCUUGUGGGUCACCUCCCUAAAGCAUCCCUUGCCAUGAAUGUUACCAUCACUGCUAAUGGGAUAAGCAGUAAGUGUCAAGGAAAUUGUACAUUCUAUCUGCAAGAAGAGUCAACUCCCAUUGUGGAAACACUGAACACCAGCGUCAGUGGAACUCUGACCACCAUGUUGAUUGGUGGUCAGAAGUUGGCCACAGCCACUGAUGAGCUGGUGGUUUUGGUUGAUGACUAUCUUUCCUGUGAUAUAACCUUCUAUAAUGCAACUCAGGUAGAAUGUCAGCUGAGUGACUUGGGACUGGGUCUACAUCACUUCUCUCUUCUGAACAGGAGAAGUGGCUUUGCUUGUCUAGGCACCCUUGCUCCACAUUUCAGUGUAGCUCCUCAGGUGCUUGGUUAUCAUCCUCAGAACUUUAGCAUCAAUGGUGGAGGUCUCUUGACCAUAGAGGGCACAACACUGAGAGGAAAGAACACAACUUCCGUCCUAGUAGGGCAUCAGCCCUGCUUCACAGUGAAUAUUAGCUCAGUGCUUAUCCAGUGUAUUGUUCCCCCAGGCAAUGGGACAGUUGGUCUGGAAAUAGAGGUAGAUGGGAACUUAAUUGAUGUGGGGAUAAUCCAUUAUAGUGAUGUCUUUACCCCAGAGUUACUUUUUAUUCUUCAAAUUGAUGGUUUGGUUGUAACCUUCAUGGUGGCCAGAACCAGCGGGGCUAAGAACAUGCAGAUCUUUAUUGGGGCAUCACCAUGUGUAGGCAUCUUGGGUAACUAUACCAUGCUCCAAUGCUCAGUUUCUCCGCUUCCAGCUGGGGAGUAUCAAGUCAAAGGUUUGGACUGUCUCAGAGGCUGGGCUUCAUCGACGUUGGUGUUCACCUCUAACAUUACCAUUACGUCAAUCCACAGAAACUUUGGCUGUUUGAGUGGAAGCCUACUGCAUGUACACGGAAGUGGAUUUUCUCCAGGAAACACAUCUGCUGAAGUCUGUGGUGUCCCCUGCCAAAUCUUAGACAAUGCUACGGUGACCAACUUCAGCUGCCUGGUGCUGCCCCUGGAUGCCUCCUUGGCUUUCCUGUGCAACCUAAGGCCCUUAGAGGAAAACUGUAAAGCCACCAAGACCACCUAUAUCCAGUGUGAAUUGACUGUCACUGUGGGGACCAUCAAUCCAUUAAGAGCUUGGUCUUACAUCUACCUGUGUGAAGAAAAUCCUUGGUGUUCUUUAGCUCUGGACCAUCAGGUAGACUCAUCCCUUGGAUUAUUCUCUGGACUUUUCAUGAGAAACUAUGUUCGGAUUAUGAGUAUGCUCUGGUUUAGAUCUACUACUAGCCUUAUGCAGGACUACUUUCACCUUCAGAUCUGUCGCAGAUGGUCCAGGGCUCACAGCUGGAUUCCCCAAGGUCGGCCACAAGAUGGCGACAACGUCACAGUGGAGAGUGGCCAAACGUUGCUGCUAGACAUCACUACUAGUGUCCUGGGUAUGCUGCAUAUAAAAGGUGGUAAACUGAUAUUUACUGGCCCAGGACCCAUUGAGCUACAUGCUCACUGCAUCCUUGUGUCACAUGGUGGUGAGCUCCAGAUUGGAUCCAAGGAUGAACCUUACCACGGCAAAGCUCUGAUCCACCUACAUGGGAGUUCUUCCACCACCUUCUUUCCAUAUGGAGCCAAAUUCCUUGCUGUGAGGAAUGGAACACUGUCCUUGCACGGUUUAAGGCCAGAGGUGAGCAUCACACAUCUACGGACUGCAGCUCAGGCCAAUGACACCAUGUUAGCAUUAAAAGACCCUGUAGACUGGCAUCCUGGAGAAGAAGUCAUCAUUAGUGGAGUUACCCUGGAAGGUUCCCAAGGGCGAGAAGAAAUUGCCAUCAUAGACAGUAUGCAUGGUACAAACCUCCAUCUUCGGUCACCUUUAAGAUAUUCUCAUGGUAUUCUGGAACAUAAUAUAGAUGGGCAUCACCUUGCUUUAAGGGUUACAGUAGCUCUACUCAGCAGGAACAUUGCCAUCCAAGGACAUCUCACCAGUGAGCGGAUGGCACACCUUCGGCUAUGUACUAAAGCCAAGAUUCCAGAAGAUGAUUUCCAACAAUGCUUGUAUUUAAGGAGUGAAAAGAAUCUUGGAUCAAUGGAUCUAGGGGCUGUGGUGAUUGUGCAGUCACUCCCAGGAGAGCCCAGCCAGGUCCAACUGCAGGGAGUCCAGUUUCAGUUCAUGGGACAAGCCUUUCAGAAACACCUGUGUGCACUAAAUGUGAUUGGGCCUAUUAGAGAUUCAUAUAUCCGGAGCUGUUCAGUGUGGGACUCCUUCAGCAGGGGCCUCAGCCUGUCUAGAACCUCAAAUCUCAUUGUGGAGAAUAAUGUGUUUUACAACAUUUUAGGCCAUGGGCUACUAGUGGGGACUCACAUGGAAAUGAGACAUUUCCCUUGGAAGGCUGUCCCCAGAAGAAAAACCGUUUGGUCAAGACAAGGGAAUAUAGUACGAAACAAUGUGGUAAUUGGAGUUUUGGGAACCGAGGGACUUUCUAAUAUCGAGGUGUUGUCACCAGCUGGAAUCUACAUCCAAGAUCCUAUCAGUGUUGUAGAGAGAAACAUGGUGUGUGCUGCUGGAUAUGGUUAUUUCUUUCAUCUUGGAACCAAUGAAACUUCGAAAGCGCCACUUCUUUCCUUCGCUCAGAAUGUAGCCCAUUCCUGCACAAGAUAUGGUCUCCUUGUGUAUCCUAGGUUUGAGCCACCUCAGGUUAAUGACAAGGGUCCCACUUUGUUCCAGAACUUCACAGCCUGGGGAAGCCAAGGUGGUGUUCAGAUUUUCAGAAGUAGCAAUCUUCAACUUAAAAAUUUCCAGAUUUAUUCAUGUAAAGAUUUUGGGAUUGAUAUCUUAGAAAGUGAUGCAAAUUCUUCUAUUGUUGAGAGCUUAUUACUCAGUCAUUUUGCCUCAAAGGAUGGAAGCACAUGCAUGUCAGCAGGGAUAAAAACCCCUAAGAGACAGGAACUGUUGGUGUCCAAAACGACCUUUGUGAAUUUUGAUCAAAACAAUUGCAUCUCCUUAAGAACCUGUUCUAGCUGUUAUCAAGGACAAGGUGGAUUUACUGUAAAGACUGAACAGCUGAAGUUUCUAAACUCACCUAACCGAGUAGCAUUCCCAUUUCCUAAUGCAGCUAUCUUGGAAGACCUGGAUGGCUCUGUCUCAGGGAACAAGGGAAGUUACCUACUUGCCUCUGUGGAAAAUCUUGCUUCUUCCUGUCAGGUCAACCAAAGCUUUGGUCAGACUGUCAGGGGCAGUGUCUGUGGGCCAGAUGUAAUCUUUCAUCGUAUGUCUAUUGGCUUAGCUGAAGCCCCAGAUGUUGCCUAUGAUUUAACAGUGACAGACAGUAAAAAUCAAAUUAUGACUGUCAAUUUUGUGAAUGACACAUUGUCAAACCUAUAUGGUUGGAUGGCUCUGCUUUUAGAUCAAGAUACCUACUUGCUGAGAUUUGAGGCUCCUUGGAUCAAAAGCAGUCUUCAGUAUUCAGCAACAUUUGAUAACUUUACUUCUGGAAAUUACUUGCUGGUGGUGCACAAAGACUUACAGCCACAUACUGAUAUUCUGGUUAUAUGUGGGACUAGAAUCGGCCAAUCCCUUCUAUCUUCUCCAUCUGCUACUCGUGAUAAGGCCUGUGAUUGGUUCUUCAACAGCCAGUUGGGGGAGCUCACUUAUUUGGUUUCAGGUGAAGGCCAAGUUAAUCUUACCCUCUUGGUGAAGGAAAGAAUUAUUCCAGCAACUCCAGUUCCAUCUGAUGUACCAAAGUCCAUUUUAAAGUGGUCCCAUCCUGGAACAUGGCAAGGAGUGGAAGAGGGAUGGGGUGGAUACAAUCACACGACCCCAUCACCAGGCGAUGAUGUUGUGAUCUUACCCAACAAGAACAUCCUCGUAGACACGGAUCUCCCUUUUCUCAAAGGCCUUUAUGUUCUGGGAACCCUAGAAUUUCCUGUGAACCGGAGCAAUGUUUUAAACGUAACUUGUAUUAUUGUUGCAGGUGGAGAGCUGAAAGUUGGUACUUUUCCUGAGCCCUUACAUAAAGGGCAGAAACUCUUGAUUCAGCUUCGAACCUCUGAGGGAGACUAUUGUGACCGUUUGGAUGGAAUUAAUAUUGCUCCAGGAACUUUUGGGGUUUAUGGGAAGGUGCAGCUUCACAGUGCAUACCCCAGGAAAUCCUGGACACAUCUUGGAGCUGACAUUGCAUCAGGAAAUGAGAGGAUUCUAGUGAAGGAUGAAGUGGAUUGGAGACCACAAGAUAAGAUUGUUCUGAGUUCUUCAUCUUAUGAACCUCAUGAAGCAGAAAUCCUCACCAUAAAGGAAGUCAUGGGUCAAAAUGUUAGACUCUAUGAGCAUCUCAACCACAGACACCUUGGAAGUUCCCAUUCAAUGGAAGAUGGCAGGCACAUUUCCCUGGCUGCUGAGGUGGGCCUUCUGACUCGAAAUAUAAAAAUCCAGCCUGAUGCUCCGUGUGGUGGAAGAAUGGUUGUGGGGUCCUUUCAAAUGCCCAAUGGAAAAGAAUUUUCAGGUAUUCUUCAGCUUUCAAAUGUGGAAAUUCAGAACUUUGGGUCGUUGCUGUACCCAUCUAUUGAAUUCAAUAAUGUAUCUCUGGGAUCCUGGAUAAUCUCUUCUUCUGUGCAUCAGAACUGUGGAGGGGGUAUUCGUGUAUCUUCCAGCAAAAGUAUCUUCUUGUAUGACAAUAUUUUGUUUGACACCACUGGUCAUGGUAUUGAUUUAGAGGGUCAAAACCACUCUCUCAUCAAGAAUCUCAUUGUCUUGACCAGGCAGCCACAAAGAGCAAUGGACUGGGUAACAGGAAUCAAAGUGAACCAAUUAAACGAUGCCAAACUCAUUGGGAAUGCUAUAGCAGGAUCAGAGAGGAUUGGCUUCCACAUCAAAGGUCGUAACUGUUCAGUGGCUGAAAAUUCUUGGGUUGGCAAUGUGGUUCAUUCAAGCCUUCAUGGACUCCAUAUGUACAAGGGAGAUGGGCUAUACAACUGUACCAGAAUCUCAGGGUUCCUUUCUUACAAGAACUUUGAUUAUGGGGCCAUGUUCCAUGUGGAAGGCAACUUGGAGAUAGAUAAUGUGACCCUGGUGGACAAUGUUGUUGGUCUUCUUCCAUUAGUAUAUACAUCCCUUGCUGAACAAUGUUCCCUUGAAAAGAAACAGAUAGUUCUCAGGAAUUCGGUCAUUGUGGCCACUAGUUCUUCUUUUGACUGCAUAGAAGACAGAAUUAAACCUCUUUCUGCUGACUUCACAUCCAGGGAUCGACCCCCAAGUAAUCCCAGAGGGGGUCGGGUUGGUAUAUUGUGGCCUGGAUUCACUGCUGAACCAAACCAAUGGCCUCAAGAUGCAUGGCACAAAGUAAAGAAUUAUCCUUCUGUCUCUGGGAUCAUGAGGCUUCAAGGAGUCACCUUUUCUGAUUUUGUGAAGAGCUGUUACAGCAAUGACCUGGAUGUCUGCAUUCUACCUAAUCCUGAUAGCACUGGCAUCAUGCCCCCAAUCAUGGCAGAGAGGACAAAGAUGCUCAAGGUCAAAGAUCAGAACAAGUUCUACUUCUCCUUGCCUUGGCUCAGGAAAGAAACAGGGAAAAUAGUCUGUCCCGAAUUGGACUGUGAAAGUCCAAUGAAGUAUUUCUUCAAAGACCUAGAUGGCAGUGUCCUGGAUUUGCCACCACCAAUUUCUGUUUUUCCAAAAGCCAAGUCAGAAUGGGUUGGAUCCUGCUUCAACACAGGUAUAUUUAGAGAAGACCGAAAAUGUACCUAUAGACCAUCAAUGAAAAGCUUCGUGUGCAAACAGAUGAACUAUAUACUUCUAAUUCUUGACAAUAUCACCAUUGCUCCAGGGGAGAAAAUUCCAUCCUCAGUAGUUUCAGUGACAAGUGGCUUUGUGGGAACCUUCAGUAGUGUAGUUGCCCACCCAUCCUGCUCUGCUUCUUUAUCUAUACCAGCUUUCUAUUCUCUUUUACCAGCCAACUCACUCACCAAAAUUUGCUUUGUGAACAGGGCUCCCCAAGCUAUGCGUUUUCAUCUCAUUGGGAGUGAGAAGUCUUCCAAACCUCUGGCUGUGUUCUACCCUGAGCUUCAGAGCCCUCGGGUUUUUUUCCGUGGACAGUUCAUCCCACCCACUUCUGUUCUAUCAGAUUCUUGGCAAGAGAAUGGGGCUACUGGAACCAAUCAUUUCAGUUUCAUGGAUAAUCUCUUGUAUAUCCUCCUGCAAGGGGAUGAGCCUGUUGAGGUGCGAUCUGCAGUUUCUAUCCAUGUAGCCUUCACUGUGACAUUAUCAGUCACUCUAGAAGACUGGGAACCAGCCAUUAAUCAAAGAUUGGCUCAUUUCUUACAGAUUAGCCAAGACCAUAUAAGAAUUGUUCAUAUAAUGCCAGGUGAUGAAUGGACCUUAAAGGCCUUGGCUGAUGGUGUGGCCAAAAGGAAACACCACUGUCCCACUGGGAUCCCUUGUACUAGUUGUUAUAGACUGGGUCAGCAUAGAAACUUCAUGAGGAAGAUGAAAAUGUGGGUACCACCACCAACUUUCUCAGAAACCAUUUCAAAAGUGGUGGUCACUGAAAUUGGUGAUCUGUCAGGCAUAGGAAGUGCCAAAGUGGCUUCCCCCUUAUCUACUGAUGCAUUGCAGUGUUUAGUUCACCGGAUUAUCACUGCUCAACAGACAGGGGAGCUUCAGGAAGCCCUGGAUAUGCCAGUUGAAGCCCUGUUGAUCAGCCAGUCAGCUGAAGUAUUUACUUCUGGAAAUUCAAGCAGUCUUGAUGCUGGUAGUGUGGUAUAUAUACAACCAUAUACCCUUUCAGUUCAAGUUCAGCCAUCCAGUGGAGAAGUAGGAAUAGAGCUUCCAGUACAACCACACCUCAUCUUUCUGGAUAAACAGGGUCGGGUAGUAGAAUCAUUAGGCCCUCCCUCAGUGCCUUGGAUUGUGACUGUUUCUUUGGAAGGGGCCUCAGAAACUGUGUUGAAAGGGCACACCCAUGCAGAAGCUCACCAAGGCCGAGUAAGCUUCUCCAAUUUGGCUGUCUCAAGCUCUGGGUCAAACUGGUAUUUUCUUUUCACCGUGACAUCUCCACCAGGUGCCAAACUUAAUGUUCGUUCUGAGCCAUUUGCAGUGCUUCCUGUUAACAAGGGAGAGAAAUCUACCAUUCUCAUGGCUCUUGUUUUGUGUUCAGCUGCCUCAUGGAUUGCUUUGUGCUUUCUGGUAUUUUGUUGGCUUAAAAAAAGCAAAAUCAAAAAAACAAAAACCAAAGAGACUUCUGGACCUCAGGUAGAUGAAAGGAAGAAAAAUCCUCAAUCUAAACAUAAUUCACAUCACAAUAGGCAUCAAGAAAGACUGAAAGAGGGUAAGAAAGAGGUCACUGUGAUACAAGAAGAUAUAAGACAGAAAGUCAUCCAGGGCAAGCUGAACCAAUUGUCUUACCAACAGUCCCUGAAUGGAUUAUCAAGGAGGACAAUCAGGACUGGGCAUCUGGAGGGAGGGAGGGGGGAAGAGGGAGCUGUCCCAAUGGAUGUCAUUGCUCACCUUCCAUCCCAAGGCCAUGUCCUCUCUAGUGGCACUCCAGCUCAGCAGGUACCGAUUCAAGAAGUGAGAGACUGGAAAGAUGGUCAGGCUCAGUUACUUGGAUAUCACCUUGCAGAACAAGAUCAGCUUCUAGUGUUAUAUCCUAGCUUUGAUCAAGAGGGGCAAAGGCUACCAGAGCAGAGGCAUGCUGGCAGAAAGAAUGGCCACUUGGGUUACUACUGGGAUAGGAAAGCAGAAACAGAGUCUUUCCAUCCACAUUCACUACAGCAGGCACCUAUUCAGGGACAGUUGUGAUCAGGUAGAAGCCUGAGCAUUUGAGUAUGAAAAUGAAAAUAUUGCCAAUCCAUCCAGAUUUAGAGCAGGAUCAGAGGAAAUCUGACACAUUUGUGAAGCCUGGAAGAGAACAAUAAAAUUCUGAAUUUUUGUUUGAGCUUUAAAAUACAGAGCCUGGAAUGCUUUAAAUAGUUCUAUAGCUUCUCUUCUAUUCCAUCAUUGCCCAACCCACAUCCAGCAAAGUUCUGGGAAUAUAGUAGAUGCAAUAAAUACCCAGUUCAUUGAUAGAAAGAUAAUAUAUGGUCUUAAUAAGGAUGAAUGAACAUUUCAUUCAACAAGUCAACUAGCAUUUAUGAUGCACCUACUAUGUGUCAUAAAAUCAGAGAAAUAUCAUAUCAGGAGGGAUUUCUAUGAAGGCUCUUAAGUUAAUUCACACACACACACACUCACAGAUCAAUAGAAAAAGAAAUGAGAGGAUGUGCCGUUGUUAUAGAUGUAAGCACAUAGUGAAACAUCCUGUAAGAGUAUUUGAAGAGGGGGACAGCUAGGCGGCUCAGUGGAUUGAAAGCCAGGCCCAGAGGUCCUAGGUUUGAAUAUGAC